CGGCUUUAGAUCCCUUUAAAUAAGGCCACCGAUUCUCACUUUUCUCCGCACUGAACUCUCUCUGCUUCUUAGCAUUGUUCUUAUCGCCCACACUCUCAUUCUACACUAAGUUUUUGUUUCCUGUUUUUCAACUAAUGGGGAAGAUCAAGAUUGGAAUCAAUGGAUUUGGUAGGAUCGGGCGUUUGGUUGCAAGGGUUGCUCUGCAGAGGGAUGAUGUAGAGCUUGUUGCUGUUAAUGAUCCAUUCAUCAGCACUGAUUACAUGACAUACAUGUUCAAGUAUGACAGUGUCCAUGGCCACUGGAAGCACCAUGAGGUGAAGGUGAAGGAUGAAAAGACCCUUCUUUUUGGUGAAAAACCAGUCAGAGUCUUUGGAUUCAGGAACCCUGAGGAGAUUCCAUGGGCUGAAGCUGGUGCUGAGUUUGUUGUGGAGUCUACUGGAGUCUUCACAGACAAGGAUAAGGCUGCUGCCCACUUGAAGGGUGGUGCUAAGAAGGUCGUCAUCUCUGCCCCGAGCAAAGAUGCUCCCAUGUUUGUUGUGGGUGUCAAUGAGAAGGAAUACAAGCCUGACUUGAACAUUGUUUCAAAUGCCAGUUGCACAACCAAUUGCCUUGCACCAUUGGCCAAGGUCAUUAAUGAUAGAUUCGGUAUUGUGGAGGGCUUGAUGACCACUGUCCACUCCAUUACCGCCACUCAAAAGACCGUCGAUGGUCCGUCAAGCAAGGACUGGAGAGGUGGAAGAGCUGCCUCAUUCAACAUCAUCCCCAGCAGCACUGGAGCUGCCAAGGCUGUUGGCAAAGUGCUUCCGGCCCUCAAUGGGAAACUGACCGGUAUGGCAUUCCGAGUGCCCACAGUCGACGUAUCAGUUGUGGAUCUCACUGUCAGGCUGGAGAAAGAGGCCACCUAUGAGGAGAUCAAAGCUGCCAUCAAGGAGGAGUCGGAGAACAAGCUCAAGGGCAUCCUAGGAUACACCGAAGAUGAUGUGGUGUCCACCGACUUUGUUGGUGAUAGCCGGUCAAGCAUAUUCGACGCCAAGGCUGGAAUUGCAUUGAGCAAGAAUUUUGUGAAACUUGUCUCUUGGUACGACAACGAAUGGGGAUACAGCUCUCGGGUGAUCGACUUGAUUGUCCACAUGGCUUCAGUUGCAUGAAGGUCUCUCUGAUUUUGUGGCAAGACGGGUCGAAUCUCUGUUUGAGUGUUCCUUGGAAGCUUAGAAUAAGUUGUUGUGUUACCGCAGCCUGGACUUGUGUUUGUUAUUCUCAUAUUAACUUUAAAGAAUUUUCCCUUGUGGGUUUUCAAUGAGAAUCAAUCAAUAUUAUAUCACUCUUUUGAUGCCAAUUGUUGCAGUUCUAAAUCUAUUGUAAGUUGCUGUCUGAAUUCACAUCCCAAACAUGGGAUAAUUUGUUGAGUGGUUUUGGUUCUCUAUGGGGAAUAACACAUAAAUUAUGCA